CAACGACAACAGCCCUGUUUGUGUGGCUAGGUAGGGCUGUCCUCAUACAAGGACCAGUCCGCUCAAUCCCAUUGCCUCCCGCUCCUCUUAACCGACCCGUCCUGGUUCCGACCCUUCCUUUCUCUUCCGAUUCUACCAAGGUAGCUAUUCCACAACGGCUGGCCCAUCGUGUGAAAGCCAACAAGAGCCCGACAUGGCGACGUCGACCGUCGCCGCUGUCGCCAAAAUGGCUUCCUUCAUAAUCGGUCUCGCCUCUAUCGUUUCCGUCGCAUCCGCCGAUCAAGCUACCACGACUACGAUGACAGAUCUACCCGGUUAUCUAGAUCAGUCCGCCAUGGCGCUAGCUUUGAGCUCUGACUCCGGCCCUACCGGAGUCGAAUAUAAGAUUGCGCCUCUAACGGUCGAAGCUGGGCUGAACCAGACCAACGAGAAUGCCUUGCAGGCUUUCAAUGUGCAAGGUGAUAUGGUCGUCAUAGAUCAGAAUAAUUACAACAGUAACAAUAUCGACAUCAAAGACUCGAUUGCCUAUUUAACCUGCGACUCCAACUCCAACGACUCCUACAUCUCUUCAAACGAUGUAUUAAAUUCAGUGAUGAACAGACAACCGAAAGCGAUUUUACUGUAUAGCACAGCUGGAACUUGUUGCGGUCUCAGUGGAUCUGAUUUAGAUUUCACUUCUAUCUGGACUAUGACCGAUUCGCAGUCAGCUUGGAUGACGAAAAACUGGACGUCGGAUACCACGGGAGGGACCGUUCGUGCAACGAUAUCCGGAGGAAACGACACCGACGUAGAUACCGACAAUGGGCAAUCCCAAAGCGGAAAUAAUUCAGCGGUUGCGAUGAGCAUUUUAUAUAGUAUUACUGGUCUAAUAACUCUGCUCUUCCUCAUUAUCAUUGCGACCGGAGCCAUCCGAGCACAUCGCCACCCCGAAAGAUAUGGCCCGAGAGCCAGCUAUGGCGGAAGACCGAGACAAAGUCGUGCUAAAGGUCUUGCACGAGCUGUUCUGGAGACCCUACCUAUCGUUAAAUUUGGCGAUCCUCAACCUGCGAAGCCGGACCCGGAGAACGAGCUUGAAAGUAUUGCGGGAGACCGACAGCAGCGCUCAGCGUCCCCGACGCAGCAUGAUGUUGCAUCAGCCGAUUUGCAACCGGCGAAUACUUCUGAGGUUACUGCAAAUGACACUCCAAAGGUUGAUGCCGAAACUCCCGUGGCCACUACUUCGGACCACACUAAGGAGCACGGUAGACAGGUAGAAGAAGACCACCUUGGUUGCUCUAUCUGCACAGAAGAUUUUAGCGUCGGGCAAGACGUGCGGGUGCUUCCCUGCGACCACAAGUUCCAUCCACAGUGUGUAGAUCCGUGGUUGGUUAACGUUUCCGGCACAUGUCCGUUGUGCCGACUUGAUCUACGCCCUCGUGAAGCAGAAGAAUUAGAGGAAGCCGGCGAGGCCAGGAACGAAGUACCUCAACCUGAUGAAGCUGGCCCUGUUGACAGCCACUCAGCUCAUGCUCCCGAGGAUGAUGGGGACGGGCCGCAGAGACGACGAAUAUCCCGGUUCCUCGAUUGGAAUAGGCUGCGCCACGCCCCUGUUGAUGAACGUAUUCAAGCUCUUCGACAAUACCGACAGUCACAACAAGACGCAACGCCUGGUAACAGCUCAGCUGAAGAGCAAAACCAGCACACUCGACUAUCGGAUCGGCUGCGGGAGAAGUUUCAUAUUCGGACCAGAGCUCAUCCACCAAGUGACCCGGAGCCUUCGAAUCAUUAAGCAUCUGCACUGGGCGCCUAUUUAAUUCCUAUUAAUACCUUACUAGAGGUUCUUAAUGCACUUGAGGUGCCGAAUGGGUGCGAAGCACCAGCUAUGAAUUUACGUGACGAAUAAUGGAACGCGCAGUUUCAGUGUAGCCAUCAAGUGAUGAUAUUGGGAUGGAGUGGGACAAG